AUAGCUGGAGGCUGGGGCGGAAGGUUCGUUUGAAAAUUGGAAUUUGGAGAGAGCAGGAGAGUCCCAAAACCUAGCCCCCUGCGUUCUGCCGUUCUCCCUUCUCCGUCUCGCCAGAAUCCGGCCGACUUAGCCCUACACGAGACCGCAGGCCGCCGCCUGCGUUCUCCCUUCUCCGUCUUCGCCCGCAUCCCGCAGCAGUGCUUCUACCCGAGUCGGCGACCUCCCACGGCUCCAGCUCCAGCGGCAAUCGACGACCUUCCCUCCGCCUCAGCUUCCGCUCGCGAUUCGCGAAGGAACGAGUCCGCCGGUGACCUCCCUCGGCUCCAGCUCCAGCGGCAUUUGACGACCUCCCUUGGUUUAGUCCGCCUCAGCUCCAGCUCGCGAUUCGCGAAGGACCAGUCCUUGCCGAGCUGCUCUGCCUCCCUGGUUCACUCUGCCUUUCCCUGCCUCCCAGUCGGCCAUUGCCUUCCCCUGCUAGCGAUUCGUGACUCUCUCUUGUAUUCAUUAUUACGGUAGGAAGCAGCUGCGCCUCGCAUUGCUGAAUAAGACCCUGGCUUUCCCUGUUUUAUUCGAUGACGGCAGUAGCGCACAUUUCAUUCGGAUUAUUGCCCAAGGUUACAUUGUUUGGUGAUAGAACGCCAGCAAAAGCUGGAUGCUUUCUACCGAGGCGCCGCUCUUCUUCUCUAGUGGUAUUAGCCAUGUCCACCAGCAGCAACAGCGGUGUCCCAAUCAUGGUAAAUAGCUGUAGUGGAAACAUGGGGAAGGCUGUCAUUAAAGCAGCAGAUUCAGCUGGGCUUCAAAUUCUUCCCUUAUCAUUUGGCUCGGCAGAGGAGUCUGGACAUGUCAUAGAAGUUUGUGGUAGAAGUAUUGAGAUUCAUGGUCCUUCCACACGAGAGGCUGCCCUUGCCUCUACCUACGAUGAACAUCCAAAUAUGAUUGUCGUUGACUAUACAAUUCCUGGUGCAGUGAAUGAUAAUGCGGAGACCUAUUGCAAGGUUGGUGUGCCUUUCGUUAUCGGAACCACAGGUGGAGACAGGGAUAGAUUGUACAAGACUGUUGAGGAUUCAAAAAAUUAUGCUGUGAUAUCCCCUCAAAUGGGGAAACAGGUAGUUGCGUUUCUUGAUGCUAUGGAGACUAUGGCUGAAAGGUCACCUGGUGCUUUUUCUGGCUAUAAGCUUCAGGUGAUGGAGUCUCACCAAGCAGGAAAGUUGGAUGUCUCUGGAACUGCUAAGGCUGUAAUAUCUUGCUUCCAGAAACUGGGAGUGUCAUUCGAUAUGAAUGAUGUACAAUUGAUUAGAGACCCGAACCAACAAGUUGAGAUGGUAGGAGUUCCUGAGGAGUAUCUGUCUGGUCACGCUUUCCACAUGUAUCAUCUGACUUCACCUGAUGAGACAGUUUCCUUUGAGUUUCAACAUAACGUAUGCGGUAGGUCGAUAUAUGCAGAGGGUACUGUUGAUGCCAUCAUCUUCUUGUCAAAGAAGGUUAUGUUGAAGGCAGAGAAGCGGAUCUACAAUAUGAUUGACGUACUGAGAGAGGGUAACAUGAGAUAGACUGUUUGGAUAGUGGAAGGAAUAGUUUAGUUAGUCUCUGAAGUUUUGAUCCGCACCAAUGAAGAACUGAUGUUAACCAACGUUGUAAUGAGGAAAUGCAUCCCCAAGAUUGAAGGCAUGCGCAGAGCUAUUUCAAGCUUGAAGCUGCGGCAGGCAUGGAGGCUAAUGGUGAUUUAGACUUUUAGCAUUACAAAUUCAGAAUCUGGAGUCAAGACAUUUGUUGGAUAUUCUUCUUUGUUUUGGCGAUGGUGAACUUUUCAGGCAAUAAGAUGUUGGAGUGUACAAUAGGAUUGUCAAUUCACAAUGGAGGAAGUCAAGAAACAGUUCGAAUUUUUUAGUAUUUCAGUGCCAAUCAAUCCUUGAUUUUGGGUC